ACAGUACACUUGUUCUCUUAUCCCUUUGGUUUGUUUCUUUGAUCGGCACAUUUGACUUCCCUUUUCUGUUUAGUCAUUCAACAAUUAGUUAAUUCUGUUUCAACUAAUCUCGUCCAUGUCUUCCUCUAAUAAUUUUACAAAAAAGACAAGAUCAAGAGCAAUAAAUCCCCGAAGAAGAUAUCUAAGAUCCCAAAAAAGUAUUUAUGAAGUGUUCUUAAGUUUCAGAGGGGAAGACACUCGUGCUUCCUUCAUUUCACAUCUCUAUGCUUCUCUUCAAAACGAAGCAAUUAACGUUUUUAUGGACGAUGAGUCUCUUCGAAGAGGAGAUCAACUUUCAACAUCACUACUUCGAGCAAUUCAAGAGUCUCAAAUUUCUGUUAUUGUUUUCUCAAGAAAAUACGCCGAUUCUCGAUGGUGUUUGGAUGAGUUGGUGGAUAUAAUGGACUGUCACAGAGUCAUAGGCCAAAAUGUUCUGCCGGUCUUCUACGGAGUAGAUCCAUCUGAAGUACGUCAUCAAACUGGCGAAUUCGGAAAAGCAUUUACAAAUCUUUUGAAUAGAAUUUCAGAAGAGGAGGAGGAGGAGGAGGAGGAGGAAGAGGAAGAAGAAGAAGAAGAAGAUGAUGAUGAAUCCAUGGUUGACUCAACUCGUCAGGAGCUGGAAUGGAGGGCGGUUCUUCGUGAGGCGGCUGGCCUUGCUGGGUUCGUAGUCCUAAAUUCUAGGAAUGAAAGUGAGGCUAUCAAGGGUAUUGUUGAGAAUGUUACACGUUUGCUUGACAAGACAGACUUGUUCAUUGCUAAUAAUCCAGUGGGAGUUGAAUCUCGUGUUCAAGAUAUGAUUCAAUUGCUAGACCAAGAUAUUGAACAAUUAAAUGAUGUUCUACUACUAGGGAUGUGGGGUAUGGGAGGAGUUGGAAAAACAACCAUUGCGAAAGCUAUUUAUAAUAAAAUAGGCCGCAAUUUUGAGGGCAGAAGCUUCCUUGCUAAUAUUAGGGAAGUUUGGGAGGAAAAUGUUGGACAAGUGAAUUUACAAGAACAGCUUCUCUUUGAUAUCUUCAAGCAAAUGACAACCAAAAUACAAAGCAUUGAAUAUGGAAAAGUCAUAUUAAAGGACAAACUCUGCCAUAAAAGAGUACUAAUUGUACUUGAUGAUGUCAAUUCAUUGGACCAACUAAAUGCUUUGUGUGGAAGUCGUAAAUGGUUUGGUUCAGGGAGUAGAAUAAUCAUCACAACUAGAGAUAUGCAUAUACUUAGAGGGAAUAGGGUUGAUAAAGUAUACAAAAUGAAAAAAAUGGAUGAAAAUGAAUCAAUUGAGCUUUUUAGUUGGCAUGCAUUCAAGCAAUCGAUUCCUCAAGAAGGUUUUGCUGAAAUUUCUAGAAAGGUAGUUGAGUAUUCUGGGGGAUUACCACUCGCUAUGGAAGUCCUUGGGUCAUAUUUGUUUGAUAGGGAAUUAACAGAGUGGCAAUGUGUAUUGGAGAAGCUUAAAAGAAUUCCUAAUGAUCAAGUACAAAAGAAGCUCAAAAUAAGCUAUGACGGCUUAAAAGAUGAUACUGAGAAAGAAAUAUUCCUUGAUGUAGCUUGUUUCUUUAUUGGGAUGGACCGAAAUGAUGUUACACUUAUAUUAAAUGGAUGUGGACUUUUUGCAAAAAUUGGAAUAAGUAUCCUUAUUGAGCGAAGCCUUGUAACUGUUGAUGAUAAGAAUAAACUUGGAAUGCAUGAUUUGUUGCGAGAUAUGGGAAGAGAAAUCAUUCGUGAGAAAUCACCAGAGGAGCUUGAGGAGCGUUGCAGGUUGUGGUUUCAUGAGGACGUGUUCCAUGUAUUAUCAGAACAAACUGGAACAAAAGCUAUUAAGGGGAUGGCUUUGAAGUUGCCAAGUGCUAAUGCAAAAUGUUAUAGUACUAAAUCAUUCAAGAAGAUGAAGAGACUCAGAUUGCUUCAACUUGCUGGAGUGAAACUUGAUGGAGAUUUUGAAUAUCUUUCAAGAAAUCUGAGAUGGCUGUCUUGGCAUGGAUUUUCUUUAACACAUAUACCUACAAACUUUUAUAGAGAAAAUUUAGUUUCCCUCGAGUUAGAGAAUAGCAAUGUCAAACUUCUGUGGAAAGAGGCUCAGAGGAUGGAGAAGCUGAAAAUUCUCAAUCUCAGUCAUUCUCAUUGUCUGACACACACUCCAGACUUUUCAUACUUGCCUAAUCUUGAAAAAUUAAUACUCACAGAUUGCUCCAGGUUAUGUGAGGUUUCUCCUAGCAUUGAACAUCUGAGCGAAAUUCUUCUAAUAGAUUUGGAGGAUUGUGUUAGCCUUCGUAGCCUCCCAAGAAGCAUCUAUAAGUUGAAAUCUUUGAAAACUCUCAUUCUUUCUGGGUGUUCACAGAUUGACAAGUUGGAAGAGGACUUGGAGCAGAUGGAAUCUUUAACCACUCUACUUGCAAAUAACACUGCAAUAACAAAAGUGCCAUUUUCAAUAGUAAGGUCAAAAAGCAUUGGAUUUAUUUCUCUGUGUGGCUAUGAAGGAUUUUCACAUGAUGUGUUUCCAUCUAUCAUUUGGUCUUGGAUGUCACCGACAAAUAAUCUCCCAUCCCUGUUUCAAACAUCUGUUGCCGCAUCAACUCUUGUUUCUUUAGAUGUACCAUGUAGUAGUUCCAAUGAACUAUCAUCUUUUUCUAACCACCUUCCAACACUUCGAAGUCUUUGGGUGGAUUGCGACUCCGAAGAUCAACUUUCUCUCGAUGCAAAAAUAAUUUUAGAUGCUUUGCAUGCCACAGUUUCUAAGGAAUUUGAAUUAACUGCAAAUACAUCACAAGUAUCAAAACAUUCCUUGAAGUCUCUUUUUAUUCAAAUGGGAAUGAAUUGUCAAGUCACCAAUAUUCUGAACGAUAAAAUUUUACAGAAUAUGGAUGUCAAUGAGGAUUGCGGUUGUUUGCUCCCUGGAAAUAGUUAUCCAGAUUGGUUAACCUUUAGUUGUGAAGGUUCUUCUGUAACUUUUGAAGCCACCAUUCAACUCUAUAAAGGUGAGGCAUUGGUCUCUUUUGAUGAAGAGGAGGGGCAAAGGGUAAUAUCAAGUAUGGAACCCGGUAACAAAGUGGAGGUUGUUGUUGUUUUUGAGAAAUGUUUCAUUGUAAAGAAGACAAUAAUUUAUCUUGCAUAUGAUGAACCAAAUUGCAAAAGAAUGGAGUUAUAUCAUGCACCGGAUUUGGAUGUCAUUUCUCGUAGUGGCGAUGAAAGUGAACACUCUAUACUGGGAAGAGAAACAUGUCUCAAUCAUAAUUCUAAACUAAGAGAAAAAUUCAAACGGACAUUUACUUCAACUAAUUUAUCAAUUCUCUUUUAUCUUAUCUUAAUUCAUCUCAUCCAUCCACCAACAAAUUCAACCAUGUAUUCUCAGGAAGAUUACACAGAAAAAGAUUUGGAUGAAAGGGCAGAAGAAUUUAUUCGUGACUUUAAGAGAAUAGUGAUGCGUGAAAAUGAAGUGUUCUUAAGUUUUAGAGGAGAAGAUACUCGUGCAUCAUUCACUUCACAUCUCUAUGCUUCAUUUCGAAAUGAAGGAAUCAACGUUUUUAGGGAUGAUGAUUCGCUUCGAAGAGGAGAUCAAAUUUCAUAUAAAAUUGAUCUAGCAAUCCAAGGAUCUCAAAUUGCUGUUAUUGUUUUCUCAAGAAAUUACGCCGAUUCGCGGUGGUGUUUGGAUGAGUUGGUGAAGAUAAUGGAAUGUCGAAGAACCAUAGGACAGGUGGUGCUUCCGGUGUUCUACGGUGUAGAUCCAUCGGAAGUUCGUCACCAAACUGGUGAAUUUGGAAUUGCGUUUCAAAGUUUGUUGAGUAGAAUUUCAAAGAAGGAAGGAAUUUAUGAUAGGUUUGGAAAAACAGUUAGAUAUGUUUUGAAUAGUUUGUUAGUGUAUAAAGAGGAAUCAUUGGAUGAGGUGCUGACCUGGAGAGCUGCGCUUUGUGAGGCAGCCGGGCUUGCAGGAUUUGUAGUACUAAAUUCCAGGAACGAAACAGAGGCUAUCAAGAAUAUUGUUGGAAAAGUUACACGUUUACUAGACAAGGCAGACUUGUUCGUUGCUAAUAAUCCAGUGGGAGUUGAACCUCGAGUGCAAGAAAUGAUUCGACUGCUAAACAUCCAACAAUCAAAUGAUGUUCUAAUAUUAGGGAUGUGGGGCAUGGGAGGAAUUGGCAAAACCACCAUUGCGAAAGCCAUAUACAAUAAAAUUGGCCGCGAUUUUGAAGGUAGGAGCUUCCUUGCAAAUGUUAGGGAAGUUUGGGAGCAAAAUGCUGGACAAGUGUCCUUACAAGAACAACUUCUCUAUGAUAUUUGCCAAGAAACAACAACUAAGAUACAAAACAUUGAGGCAGGAAAAAUUAUAUUAAAGGAUAGACUAUGCCGUAAAAGAGUACUUCUUGUACUUGAUGAUGUGCAUACAUUGGAUCAAUUGAAUGCUUUAUGUGGAAGUCGUCAAUGGUUUGGCUCAGGAAGUAGAAUAGUUAUCACAACUAGAGAUAUGCAUAUACUUAGAGGGAAUAGAGUUGACCAAAUAUACACAAUGAAAGAAAUGAAUGAACGUGAAUCAAUCGAGCUUUUUAGUUGGCAUGCAUUCAAGCAACCGAGGCCUAGAAAAGAUUUUGAUAAACUUUCCAAAACUGUAGUUGAGUAUUCUGGGAAAUUGCCUCUAGCUCUGGAAGUCCUUGGGUCAUAUCUGUUUGAUAGGGGGAUAACACAGUGGAAGUGUGUAUUGGACAAACUCAAAAGAAUUCCCAAUGACCAUGUACAGAAGAAGUUAAAAAUAAGCUAUGAUGGUUUAAAUGAUGAUACUGAGAAAGAAAUAUUCCUUGACAUAGCUUGUUUCUUUAUUGGGAUGGACCGAAAUGAUGUUAUACAUAUAUUAAAUGGUUGUGAACUUUAUGCAGAAAUUGGAAUAAAUGUCCUUGUGGAGCGAAGUCUUGUGAACGUAGAUGAUAGGAACAGGCUUAGAAUGCAUGAUUUGCUGCGAGAUAUGGGAAGAGAAAUCAUUCGUGAGAAAUCACCAAAGGAGCCUGGGGAGCGUAGCAGGUUGUGGUUUAGUAAGGAUGUGUUUGAUGUACUAUAUGAACAAACUGGAACAAAAGUUGUUGAAGGACUGGCUUUGGUGUUGCCAAGAGCUAAUGCAAAAUGUUUUAGUACUAAAGUAUUUAAAAAGAUGAUGAGACUCAGAUUGCUUAAUCUUGCCGGAGUACAACUUGAUGGAGAUUUUGAAUACCUUUCAAGAAAUCUGAGAUGGCUUUCAUGGAAUGGAUUUCCUUUAGCAUGCAUACCUACAAGCUUUUAUCUAGGAAAUUUAGUUUCCAUUGAGUUAGAAAACAGCAAUAUCAAACUUCUGUGGAAAGAGAACCAGAGGCUGGAGAAGCUGAAAAUUCUCAAUCUUAGUCAUUCUCAUUAUCUAACACAGACCCCAGACUUUUCAAACUUGCCUAAUCUUGAACAACUAGUACUCACUGAUUGUCCAAGGUUGUCAGAGGUUUCCCAUAGUAUUGGACAUCUCAAUAAAGUUCUUCUGAUAAAUUUGGAAGACUGUAUUAGCCUUCGGAGCCUUCCAAGAAGUAUCUAUAAGUUAAAAUCUCUGAAAACACUCAUUCUUUCUGGUUGUUUAAUGAUUGACAAGUUGGAAGAGGACUUGGAACAGAUGGAAUCUUUAACCACCCUGAUUGCAAAUAACACUGCAAUAACAAGAGUUCCUUUUUCAGUAGUAAGGUCAAAAAGCAUUGGAUAUAUUUCCUUGUGCGGCUAUGAAGGAUUCUCACGAGAUGUGUUUCCAUCUAUCAUUUGGUCUUGGAUGUCACCAACAAAUAAUCCCCCAUCCCAAUUUCAAGCAUCUACUGUCAUGUCAUCUCUUGUUCCUUUAGAUGUACCACAUAGUAAUUCCCACGAACUAUCAUCAAUUUCCACAUACCUUCCAAGUCUUCGAUGUCUUUGGGUGGAGUGCAGCUCAGAGCUUCAACUUUCUCAUGAUGCAGCAACAAUUUUGGAUGCCUUAUAUGCCUCAAAUUGUAAGGAAUUGGAACUAGCUGCAACUACAUCACAAGUGUCAAGAAAUUCCUUGAAAUCUAUUUUCAUUCAAAUGGGAAUGAGUUGCCAAGUUGCCACUAUUUUAAAAGAGAAAAUUGUACAGAAUAUGACUGUCGAGGGGUGUGGUGGUUGUUUGUUCCCUGGUGAUAGUUAUCCAGAUUGGUUAAACUUCAAUUGCGAAGGUUCGUCUGUAACUUUUGAAGUCCCUCAAGUGGAAGGGCGUAACUUGAAGACAAUGAUGUGUAUUGUCUAUACUUCAACCCCAAAUAACAUUAUAUCAGAUGGCCUUAAAAACUUGAUGGUGAAAAAUUUCACAAAGGCCACCAUUCAGCUCUACAAGAGAGAGGCAGUAGCCGCCUUUGAAGAUGAGGAGGGGCAGAGAGUAGUAUCAAGUAUAGAACCCGGUAACAAAGUGGAGGUUGUUGUUGUUUUUGAGAACGGUUUCAUUGUGAAGAAUACAAUAGUUUAUCUCAUAUAUGACGAACCGAUUGGCAAAAAUAUGGAGCAAAGUCAUGCAUCAAAGAAGAAUGUUAUUAUUUGUAGUGGUGAUGAAAAUGAAUGCGCUUUGGUGGAUUGAUCAAAAUUUGGUCUUGGGCUUCAUUCUGAAACCUUGAUCUAAAUGCUUUAAGGGUAAAAAGGAUACUUGACUAUUGGUGGUGGAAAUCAGCCAUAUUUUCUAGCAAUCUCAGUAUACUCAAGAAGAGUUUAUCUAUUUGACUGUCUCCUAAAAUCUCUCAAAAGAUGUAUAUGUUGGUUAUCUCAUUGUAAAAUCAUCGCUUAAAAUAAGAGUAUUCUUGUUGUGUUUUCUCUUUUUAACAUUGAACUCCUGCAGUGAAAGGGGCAACAGUGCAUUAGGUAAAUUUUGGAAUAAGAAGUGUAGGACAAGACAAAAAUAAGAAAGAUGCAUGAGGACACAGCAAAUUCAAUAAAAAAAAAUGCAGCAUGCCUACUCGACAACAAAUGCGAACAUACGAGUCAUUAGCCUACUCAAAGUAAGGAGGAAGUUCUCUCACUGCACCAGUUGGAAUUGAGAGUUGGAAAACAUGGCAGAAGUUUGAUCAAUCUGUAUAAUCUUUUGGAGACACCAUACUGCCCGUAUUGUUCCUACAUGUUGUUGUUGAAUUUAGUUCUUAAUGGAAAUGUCAAAAGAAUACAUUAUAUCCUCGUUGAAAAAGAUUGAUAACUUCUUUGAAAUAGUGAAAGAUUGGAAUACCAGAACAUAGAGAGAUCUUGGUCAUACCUGUGACCUCUUUAUCACUCACUCCACUCUUUAACUCCCCCACUCCAGCUACCAACCCAACCUUUAUUUCCGCGACAACCUUGUCUAUUAACUCAAGCUAUUAACAGAAUUGACAUACUAAGUACUAACAAUCUGUGACACUUUCUUUGAAUUUUUAGGAAGCUGUAGGCCAAAAAGUUCCUAUGGAAAAUGGAAGAGUGGGUGUUUCUGGACCUGGAAAAUGUUAUGAAAAAGGGAGACUUAAUGGUAAAAUCCAAAAAUUCAGUGGAAGUUAUAUUGUAAUGCAAAAUUGUUCCCUUUGCUUAUUAUAUAUGGUUGUAAAGUUGGGUAUCAGAAACGUAGAAACAAUACGUUUUUCAUGAAGCAUCAAUUGAUAAAUUAAAUUUGAGGUAUCAUUGGAAGGUGCAAGAAAUGGGAUGCAGUUUGACUAA